UCUCCGCUCAACUUCAUGGAGAAGCCACACACGAUCCGUGGCCCCCAGAGACCGCCACUGCUCACUACCCUUCUGGGGAAGGUUGGUUGGUUUUCUGCUUGCAGUUUUAGAGCUCACAGUAAACGCCGGUAAGUUAAGAUUGGAAAUAUUUGACCAAACCGCUUCACUCCUUCCUGCGAGUGUCCCCCUACCUCUAGCCUCUCUUAUCCUAGGCAUGUCCUCACCCAAGAAAGUCUGCGACUCGAUUCCCCCAUCUCCCCUUUUUGUAACAGAUGACAAGCAAAUUAGAGAACAAAGGUGGUUCUUCCGUCACGAGUCACUCAGCUCAUCAGACACUUUAUUUCCACUCUUGAAAACAAGCGAACUCACUUGUACCUGAAAAGCCUUCUAGCAGACACUGGAGAAAGACCACUCUGCCCUUGGACUGUUCGGCCUCUCAUCUGCUCAUGUCUGUCUUUCUGUUUUGUUUGGAACAACCCACCCCCUGCGGCUUACAGCUUGUGUGAUGAUGCUCUCCUGGGGGACCCUCGAUCUGGGAGCUCAAACUCACUCUUCAUUUCUAUUGUGUACUCUGUCGUCUUCCUUGCUGUUUGUCCCAGGGUGUUUUGUGGAAACUCUGCUCGUGCAGCUCUCCCAAGUCCUCAGAGCUGGCCCGCGAGGAGUCCGGCCCACCCUCACGUUCUGCAGAUAGAGCCACAGGAUCGGAGGGGGUCACGUUAGGGACUCACGCGGGACUUUUGGAUUUGAGACUCCGGCCUCUCCUUCCUCCACACCACGCUGCCUCUGCCCAGGGACACGGAAGAUGCUCGGAAGAUGGGUAGAAAUGGCUUUACUCUGCUCACCGUCCAGGCAAGGAACUUCUUCGCUAAAUCAGAGUAUCCCCAAGGCCCUGUUCCUACCCUGUGGAACGACCCCGGGGAGCUGCCCUCUGGAGGGGGCCCCUUCGAAAGCACCACCCACAGCCAUGCCUCUGACGCCACAGAACUCCCCCUCUACACCGCAGAGUAUGAGCCCGAGGACACCACCCACCUGCACCGGCUGGAUGAUGGCGCUGGGUCCUUGGGCCCCGGAGCCAUCGCUGCCAUCGUGAUUGCUGCCCUGCUGGGCACCUCCGUGCUCCUGGCAUUGAUCGUCAUCACGCUGAGAAAAUUCUCCACUUCCUGAACGAAA